AUGCUGGGCUCACAGGCAGGCCUCACCGUGAAGAACUGGGACAUACACAUCCUACCAACGUUCUUCGGCGGAGAGUGCAACCCCCUUGCCAAUACGAACGAUGAUCCGCAUUUCCGGGGCGCAGAUGGCACCCAAUACGACUUCAACGGCCUUCUCGGCCACUCCUUCUGCUUGCUUUCCGACCGUCGGAUCCACAUCAACAUGGGAAUCAAGGGCUACCAGCCCAUCGCGAAUCUCCCUGGCACGGCGACAUCAUUGGACGAGGAGUCGCUCGCUGCAGCGCUGGAAGCGGCGGCCAAUGAGAAGAAGCCACGUCAUAUCAGACAGCUGGAGCAGGAGCAGCUGAGCGUGGAGGAACUGAGCGAGCUGGAGAGGAUGCGGGCCAAUGGGAGCCUGCCGUUGACUGCUGAGGUGGUGGCUGCUCUUGACCGGGAGAUGGGUCGUCGCAGCGGCGGAAAUGGAGGGGAGGAGGAGCAUCACUCGAUUCAGUAUGAGAAGGAUGAGCUGAAGAAGAGGCUUCUAAAAGCAAAACCGAUUCGCAGUUGGAUCAGGGAGCUCCAAGUGAUGUGGCGCGAUUCGACUGGCGCGCAGCACUCUGUGUUCAUCAAGGCGCGAGACGGCAAGGAGCAAGGGAGGGGCAGCAGCGGGUUCAUCGACCGGCUGGAGCUCGACGGCUCGCCGGUGGCCCCGCCUCUGUCCGAAGGCUCUUUCAUUGUUGGCAGCAGCGGGUUCAAGCUGCUUCUGGCGGAGACACGGAGCUGCAAGGGGAAGGACGAGGACGAGUUUCAUCUCACGAUCGACGGCCUGGUGGUCAUGGGCAUCAUGGCACGUUUGGCGCAUCCGCUCAUGCAGACUGCUACAGAGGCCCAGGCGCAUUUCAACGUCCACAUUGCCCGGCUGAACCACACGAGCGGCAUUCACGGCGUGCUGGGUCAGACCUUUCGAGCGGAGGAAUCCCGCAAGGUGCGCUCGCUGCGGUACCGCCUGCUGACCCGCCUGCUGUGCGAGCCGGUGGAGGUGGAGAGUGAGAGUGGCAGGGGAUUCCUGGAUGGGCGCACGGAGGACUAUAUCACCUCGGAUAUUCACUCCGCGGAUUGCAUGUAUGCAGCUGCAUGGCGCAGGGGCGAACACGAGAACAGCGAUGGAAGCGAUUUUAUAUGA